AUGGCUGGAGAGCCAUCCCAGGCAGCCGAGCAGCCCAAGUCUCCGCCACGUGAGCGACCGUGGCUGCUGCCAUAUAAUCGCAAGCUUAGACACCUCCAAGGCAUCACGAUCCGGAAUCUCACACUUACCACGACUCCCCCAAAGUCGCGCGGACGGACCAUUGAUGAUGAAGCGAUACCGAGUACACUCAAGUCGCCCACUAAGGCCUUCGCUUUGAGAGAGAGCAGGGGUCUGGCGCAUUCGCGAUCUUCGAGCGAUCUCACCUCUCCCGAAGAUAGCGUCCGGCGCAGCAGUGGUGGUUUGCGCGAACCUACCACUCCAAUCAGACCCGGAUAUGGCAAAGGACUGCGAAGACGCUCGACCAUGGAGUGGACAAACGCGAGCCCGCUGACUCGCCAGAAGAAGCUGGAAGAUAUUACCGCAGGGCGCAUGGCGGAUACCUUCUUCAGCUUGCAUGCACAGGAUCAGGAAGAGCCGGUAUACAUCUCCGAGGUCGCGGAGAAGGCCAUGAACCCAAACUUCAAGUUCUUCGAUCUCGGCCCGUGUGGCCCUGGUGUCACGCGAUUGGACAAGCUGACUGUGAGGGUGUGGGCUAAGAGCGAGACGAUGCAGGAAUGGCAGUAUCUCAUCGACUACACAGUACAGUUCAGGUCGUUACAGUUCAUCGGCAGGACGCUCGGAGGUUUCAGACAUCCACUGCCGCAGAACUGCAUACUGUUCCAUAUGACGGAUGGCAUCUACACCAGCUUUACGGAUCUGCCGGUACAGGAACGAAUGCGCCCCGAGGUUCUCGCACCACCAAAGGAGAACCCAGACGGCAAAGCUCUCAGCUCCUCGUCGUACGACGCACUCAUGCGACUAUCAACUCUAGAUGACUGCAUACAGGAUGCGCUGACUACACGGGACCGGAUUGCCGACGAGAUCGAGGGCAUACUCGCAGCGAACAAGGAAGACAUAUGCACGGUUGAGUCGGUCGCCGAGACAGAAGACAGUCUGCGGACCGUCGAGGCUGCCGUGACUGCGGAAAAGCGACGAGUGGUAGCAGCACGCAGGAAGCGUGACGAACUACAAGCCAACAUCGCAUACCGACGAGAGAAGAUGCAAGCCGGUCGCGACCAGCAAGCAGAUGCCUCCUCAAGAUUAUCCCUCGAGCGUACCAAGGCCAAUGAAACCAAAGCCCUCAUAGAAAAAGCCAGCGAGGACAUAACCGGCCAACGCCGUCGAGUCAGUGAAGAUGUCCUCAGAAUCUUCCCCAUCGAACCCAUUCCAGGAAAACCCCUCGCUUUCACAAUCCGCGGUCUCCUCCUACCUAACUCCGUUUUCGAUGAAGUAAAAGAAGACAUGACAUCGGCAGCUCUCGGCUACGUAGCGCAGGUUGUGCACUCCCUAUCCCCUUACCUUUCCGUCAUCCUACCCUAUCCAAUCUCACCCCAUGGCUCCACAUCGACAAUUGACGAUCCACUUGCCGUCACGCAGAGCGGUCAAAAUGCCCAACGCACGUAUCCGCUAUAUAUGAAGAAUGUUGUGAGAUAUCGCUUCGAGUACGGCGUUUUUCUCCUCAACAAGAAUAUUGAGAUUCUUUCUAAUUCUCUGGGGCUACGGCCUGUGGAUAUUAGGCAUACCUUGCCGAACUUGAAGUACCUGCUUUAUGUUGCUACCGCUGGGAAAGGCGAGCUGCCAGCAAGAAAAGCGGGUGGCAUCAAAGGCUUGUUAAGGAAGGAUGGUGCCAUGUCUCGAAAAGGGAGCAUGGAUAGCACCAUCACCAUGAGCAGUGUUGGCACACCCACGACCGAGUUGAAGAAGAGUCUGGAGAUUGCGGGGAAGAGACUGGAUCAGGGAAAAACGAACGGUGCGCCUACUCAAGCACAAACAAAUGCAGGGAGCAGGCUAAGACCUGCUGCAUAA